GCCGUCAUCAUUUCCUGUAUCGCUAUUUCUUAAAUGUAAAAGAACUCUUAUUUCCUGCAAGCUGCGUAUACAAUUUAAGGUCUCAAAAGUGAUUCGAGACAGCUGUGUUACUUUGCUCUAUUACAUCGUACCUUCCUGCUGCUAUAACCUGCUGCUUGUAACUCCAUGAAUUCCGUCGCUCUACCGGGUGGAGGAACCAGCACUUCAUUGAACCCAUUUGCAAGCAUCUUGACAGCUGCUCAGCAAGCUGGUGUUCCGCUUCCCAAAACCGCAACACCCUUACCUUCGCUUGUAACAGCUUCGAGCAGCCUGGUUGAGGCAGCAGACGCACACCACAGCGUCCUGUGCAAGGUCCAGAGCCUUCGAGCACAGAAGGACGCGCCCCACGCAGCGGAUGCGUCGGCACAGCAGGCCUUAUGCAAGCUGCUACACGUGGCAAACACCAAUAACCGCACUAUCGUGAAAGGGCAGCAGGAAAUCGCUGCCAGGGUCCGUGCCCUCAAAACCAAAGAGUGCAUCCCCAUCGAGCGGCAGCACCAGGAGGAGUUCGUGUCCUUACUCCGUUCCAUCUUCCAGAGCGGUCCCCUGCUGCAACAGCUCUACGAAGAUAUCGCGUGGUCCCUGAGCACGCCCGAAGCCGGUGCAGCUUGGGAGAAUCGUCUAGAGCCGCUUCUGGCUGUCGUGGCCAGCUCGCAGGCGUACGAGGCUGGCCUGAACCAGCAGGACCAGCUCCUAUCCCGGCUACCCGCGGUGGGCAUGGCUCCAGGUGGCGCACCUUUGUAGGGGCUGGCAGCCGCCGCUUGAGCCUGCUGGCGGCUGGUAGCCACGUCGCGGUACCAGGGCGCUCGGAUGGGCUGGUUGGACUGCAGCUGCACACGCACCAGCUCCCUCACCUGCUGCUCGUCCAGCGCAGGAGCCUGCAGGCAGCGGUAACAGCACGUUCGAAAAUGCAGUAGUCAGCAACAUAUAACAAGCAGCAUGAGGGAGGCGAGGUAGGAGGUCUACGUAGCCAAUCGACGCAGGGAAGCGCGUUUCUGCAAUUAUGUCCAUGCAGCCUUCUGGCUCACGGGGCAUCGCGCUCCACGGUGCCCCUUGCUCCGCAUCACCAAACCUAAAGCCCAGUGCUACCGCUCACCACGCCUACCUGCUUCCUGGAGUGCUGCACAUGGCACCACUUCAGCGUCGACAGGGUGUCACGUGGCGGCUUCGGCAUGUCGUACGGCGCGCCCGGGGAGCCCGCCCGAGAGCGACUCCUCGUCCUCCGCCCCACAUCCUUCUCCACCUGCCGCCCUGACUCGCUCCGCGGCGUCGGGGAUGCCUCGCCGCCAGCUCCCUUGUCGGCGAGCCGCUUCGCUGGGCGCCCUUCGCGCUCCUGUUCGGUGGCAGCAGUGGGUCCUGCGCCGACACUUCCGAACCCUCCGCUGUUAUAGCUGCCGAACGCCGGCGGCAUAGCAGCCGCUGGCACUGCAGUGGGCUCGGGGACGUUGGGCUCGGGGAUUUGAAAGCUGGAGGACAUUUGGGCCGCGUAACUGCCGUUGUUGGCGCUGCUGGAUCCAUAGCUGCCGUGCGUUGCGUCUUUGGGGCCGCUGCCGGCCCUAGCUGCGUCAUGCGUGUUGGGGUAGUACCAGCCGGUGGGAGGGUAAUGCGACGCGGGGAAGCCGGUGAUGUCGUUUGAAGGGUAGUAGGCGGGUCCCGCUGGCGGUGGUGCUGGGACUGGCUGCGGUGGCGGUGCUGGUGGUGUAUAGUACAGUUCGCCGCUAGGCCAGCCUACACGCAGGUGGUCGUACAAGAGUAAGCAGGUUGCAGGCGGGUAUUAACAUGGUCGUGAGCGUUAGGAUAGGAUUGCAGAUGCUAAGAUCGCGAGAACGUUAAAACAGUAUUGCAGUACAUGGCAUGCGCGCAGCAGGGUUGACAUUUGACAUCUCUUGUCAGAAAGAUAAGUAACGGGACGCCCAUUGGGCACCGUG